CUCCUUUUCAACUCCCCCUCCUGGAACCCCGGCCAAUCAGAAGCUGCCGUUCAUUAACCGUUUGCUGGCAGGGUAAAAGGAAAACACCUGGUGACCCAACCUGCCCAGCAAAAACAAACUUUUCCGUCACAACCCUCUUCUCCUGAGGAGAUCCACUGGGUGUGAAGCAGCCCUGUACAACUCGAGAUGACCCAGUUUGCAGGUUGCACUGACCUGUGGCAGCUCCGCAGGGCCUCCUGGAUGUGUUGUUUGGCCAGGAUCCUGAACUUUGUGUGUGUGUGGGUCACGAGUUGUGCAGGGUGACUGUCUAAAGAGCCUAGCUUGCUCCAUUGACCAGUCAGGUGGUGAUGAGGCAUCAAGCUUUUGUUCCAUUCUGGGGAGCCCUGAUGUGCUCUGACAACAACUCUGUUUCCAGCUCACAGAGGAUUCACGCUGUCAGCAGCCUUUCACAGGCAGAGAUCCUUUGCCCCUGAGGGUCCUCAUCCGCCACUGGUGGUUGCUCCUAGGAGAAAGUAAGUGCAAUGGACUUUCUUACCUGCUGGCUUAGAUAGUGAGUUUUCUGCCUUCCUUUGGGGGGUUUUAACACUUCAGCUGCAAUCCAAACAAUUUGCUUCCUGAGAGUUUGUGCUUAUUCCAACCUACCACUUUUUUCCUCUCACUAAUUGCAGCAUUGGGGGGGGGGGGGCACAACAGAUUUCCAUGAAGAUCCCAGCUAGGGAGGGAAGGUCAGGUGGAGACAAACAGCCUCCCUUGCACUUGCUACUAUAUUGUUGCACACCAACCCAAACUUGGAGUGCUGAGAGAUCCCAAGUGUUCUAGGUUUGGUUUCAUUGGAAUGAAGAUCAGCAGAGACUGUGGUGUCUUUAGGAUAUAUAGUUGUAUUUAAACAUAUAUACAACCUGAGCAUAAAAUGGAGGGGUUCACAGCAUUAGCAGCCUGACAGAUCUUGCUUCAAUAGGGACAAAUGUAAGGUUCUGCACUUAGGCAGAGAUAACCAGCUGCACAAAUAUAAGAUUUGGGACAUCUGGCUUGCAUGCAAAAAACAAUCUAGGGAUCUUAAUAGACCACAAGCUUAACAUGAGUCAAAAGUGUGAUGCAGGAGCAAAAAAAGCUGAUGCCAUUUGAGGUGGCAUCAACAGAAGUCAAGUGUCCACACUGAGGAAAGUUAUACUCCUCCUCUAUUCUACCUUGGUCAGACCCCACCUGGAGUCCUGUGUCCAGUUCUGGGCACCUCAGUUUAAGAAGGAUAUUGACAAGUUGCAAUGUGUGCAGAGGAGGGCAGCCAAGAUGAACAAGGGUCUGGAAGGCAAGCCUUAUGAGGAACAGUCAAGGGAGUUGGGUAUGUUUAACCUGGAGGGAAAAAAGCAGAGACAUCACCUUGCCAACAAAGGUCCGUAUAGUUAAAGCUAUGGUUUUCCCAGUAGUGAUGUAUGGAAGUGAGAGCUGGACCAUAAAGAAGGCUGAUCGCCGAAGAAUUGAUGCUUUUGAAUUCUGGUGCUGGAGGAGACUCUUGAGAGUCCCAUGGGCUGCAAGAAGAUCAAACCUAUCCAUCAGCCCUGAGUGCUCACUGGAAGGACAGAUCGUGAAGCUUGGGCUGGUGGCCACCACUGCUUCCUGCAGGAAGGAUUUCCAUAGUUCCCCAGAGCUACAACUGUUUUGCACAAAGAUCCGGCAACUCAGGCUUUCAGAGGAUCUCCUGGGCUUUCCCAUUCACCAAGACCAUGUUAAAAACUAGGCUGUGGGACAUAGAUCGCCAGGAACUAAUCUCAGCUGCGGAAAAAACAUGUUCCCCUCUUUAUUUUCAACUCUCUUGGGCGCAGGAAUUUAGUCUUAAUUAUUUACAAUUUUUGUUUAACCCUCAAGAAAGAAGGGCUUUUUCGCUGGCUAGGUUCAAUUCUAAUCCUUCUAACCUCCUUUGGGGUAGGUUUGCGGGUUUGGCAGAAGGAGAUAGGAUCUGCCCAUGCGAUGCCCUCCUGGUGGAAAGUCUAGCUCACAUGGCCCUUAAAUGUAAAAUGUAUGAUGAUCUCCUCACCUCCUGGCAAAUAGAAGGGGAAGAAAUGGAGGCAGUGAGAGAUUUUACUUCCUUGGGCUCCAUGAUCACUGCAGAUGGUGACAGCAGUCACGAAAUUAAAAGAUGCCUGCUUCUUGGGAGAAAAGCAAUGACAAACCUAGACAGCAUCUUAAAAAGCAGAGACAUCACCUUGCCGACAAAGGUCUGUAUAGUAAAAUCUAUGGUUUUCCCAGUAAUGAUGUAUGGAAGUGAGAGCUGGACCAUAAAGAAGGCUGAUCGCCGAAGAAUGGAUGCUUUUGAAUUCUGGUGCUGGAGGAGACUCUUGAGAGUCCCAUGGACUGCAAGAAGAUCAAACCUAUCCAUUCUGAAGGAAAUCAGCCCUGAGUGCUCACUGGAAGAACAGAUCGUGAAGCUGAGGCUCCAAUACUUUGGCCAUUUCAUGAGAAGAGAACACGACUAAACGACUAAACAACAUGAUGAUCUCCGCCAACAAUUUCUAGACCAUCUAUGUAUUCCAACAUGGAAACCAGAGACGGAGGUUAUGCGCUUCUUAUUACAGGGGAGAGACCAGGAGCUCACCAAGGCAGUAGCUAAGUUCCUCUAUUUGAUUUUUUGUUGCCAAAGUAUGCCACAGGAUCUUGCCCUUGCUGGAAACCCACAGAGAUGAGGCUGCUUGCUCACCUCUUCUGCCCUUUGGCGGGUGACUGUGCCGUUGGGGUGGCGAUGAGAUCGCACUGGCCUAUCUAUUCUGAAUGUAUUCUGAAUGUUCUUAUGCGAGGCCAAUAAAGGCGACUUGACUUUAUUGCCCUCCAGCGGCCCCUCAGGCAAGUCACUCCAACGUCUUCCCUUUUAGAGUUAUUGCAAAAGGGGUUUUUUUUGGGGGGGAGGGGGUUGGGGGCAACAGCAGAGAACUGCUGAGCCAGAAGCCUCCGGCUGUUAGCCUGCGGGUGACAGCAGCUGAAGGGUGUGUGUGUUUGGACUGGAGUAUUGUUUUCUUUCCUGGGACUCAGGCUUUUGUGCAAACGAGUCAUGUGAGUGGCAAGCCCUGGAGGGCCAAUGGCUCAGCAAUUUCACCCUCUUUGUUGUGCUGCUGUUCCCAGAAGGUUCUGCCCUGUCAUUAGGUCUGGAUUAUUGUGUUGAGCGCAGGGACUUUUCAGUUUACAGGAAAGGCUAGUAAGGGCUCAUCCACUCAUAACUUUUGCCCUGCGCUUUCUAGGCACAGGCCUGAGCUUUCCUGCUUCAUGUCUGAGCACUUUUUCCAUUUUCUUUGCCCUGCCUACUGCAUGGCCCAAGAAAACCUGCUUUUGAUGCUGAAUCAGGGUGGCGCUGUGGGUUAAACCACAGAGUCUAGGACUUGCCGAUCAGAAGGUCGGCGGUUCGAAUCCCCGUGACGGGGUGAGCUCCCGUUGCUCGGUCCCUGCUCCUGCCAACUUAGCAGUUCAAAAGCACGUCAAAGUGCAAGUAGAUAAAUAGGUACCGCUCCGGCGGGAAGGUAAACGGCGCUGCUCUGGUUCGCCAGGAGCGGGUUAGUCAUGCUGGCCACAUGACCUGGAAGCUGUACGCCGGCUCCCUCGGCCAAUAAAGCGAGAUGAGUGCUGCAACCCCACAGUCGGUCAUGACUGGACCUAAUGGUCAGGGGUCCCUUUACCUUCACCUUUACAGAACAAAUGGCAAUCUGGGUUUUCCAUGAAAGAGAAGGGGCGAGGCAACAUGAUAGACAUUUACGAAAUCAUGCAUGGCUUGGAGAAAGCAUUUAGAGAAAAGUUUUCCUCUCUCUCUCAUAAAACAGCCUUGUGGGCAUCCAAUGAAGCUGAGGGCUGGACAGUUAAAAGGAAGGGUUUCCCACGCAGUGCAGAGUUGAACUAUGGAGCUUACUCCCAAAGGAGGCAGGGGUGGAUGGCUUUAAAAGAGGAUUGGGCAAAUCCAUGGAGGAUUAUUAAGCAAUCAUUGGCUCCUAGCCAGGAUGGCUCUUUUGUGCCUCUACAGUCGGAGGCAGGAAUGCCCCUGAACACCAGUUGCUGGAAGCCACAGGAGGGGAUAGAGGGCUUUUGUUCUGGGAUCCUGCUCCUUGGCCACUGUGAGAACAGGAUGCUAGACUAGAUGGGGCUUCUUUGGCCUGAUCCAGCAGCCUCUUCUGUUGUUCUGAUGUUAAUAAUAAUAAUAAUAAUAAUAAUAAUAAUAAUAAUAAUUUAUUAUUUGUACCCCGCCCAUCUGGCUGGGUUUCCCCAGCCACUCUGAGCGGCUUCCAACAAAGAUUAAAAAUAAAUUAAAAUGUCACACAUUAAAAACUUCCCUGAACAGGACUGCCUUCAGAUGUCUUCUAAAUGUCAGUUAGUUGUUUAUUUCUUUGACAUCUGGUGGGAGGGCAUUCCACAGGGCGGGUGCCACUGCCGUGAAGGCCCUCUGCCUGGUUCCCUGUAACUUGACUUCUCGCAGUGAGGGAACCACCAGAAGGCCCUCAGCGCUGGACGUCAGUGUCCAGGCAGAACGAUGGGGGUGGAGACGCUCCUUCAGGUAUACUGGACUGAGGCCGUUUAGGGCUUUAAAGAUCAACACCAACACCAACACUUUGAAUUGUGCUCGGAAACGUACUGGGAGCCAAUGUAGGUCUUUCAAGGCCAGUGUUAUGUGGUCUCAGCAGCCACAUAAACCAGCCUUCUGCCUGGAAACCAGUAAAGCAAAUGCCUUUUGUGCCUGAGACGCAUUCCAUGCCAGACUUUGCCAGGAUGCCACCUCUAAGCUGAGGCAUCCCAGAAUGGCUGCAACUCUCUCAGGAGCAGACAGGGUUAGAAUCCAGGACUCUUCUGUGGGGAGUCACUCAAGCUGCAACGAAAAGGCCAGGAUUGUUGCUUUAGCUUACUGUACUCUGCUACAGCUACAGAGCCGACCAAGGCCUUCUCUUGGCUUCUUCUAGCUCAGGCAUAGGCAAACUCCGGCCCUCCAGAUGUUUGGGACUACAAUUCCCAUCAUCCCUAGCUAACAGGACCAGUGGUCAGGGAUGAUGGGAAUUGUAGUCCCAAACAUCUGGAGGGCCGGAGUUUGCCUAUGCCUGUUCUAGCUAACUUAACGCUUUCAGCUAAAGUCUCAGUCCAGGUCUGCCUUCCCACCCCUGAUGCUUUGGUCCACAUCCCCCACCAGCCCCAGCCAACACAGCCACCUGCCUGCUAGGGUUGCCAACUGACCAGUGCGGUGCAGCUGCAAUGCACAAAUGUGGGGAAUGGAUCCUCAGCUCUGGUCUGCCCAUGGAGCACAGCGGUGUAGCAAGGGCUGGACUUCAGGCCCAACAUCCUGGCAGGGCCUUCAGAGGACCCAGAGAGCUCUGAUUCCUGCCUUGCUGCUGGACUGUGAAAUAAAAAAAAUGAAGGUCUUAUAUAUAUAAUAAAUGUUCAUAAAUGUACCAAGCAAACACAUACAUAAAUAAAUACAUAAACCACAUGUCUGAAGCAGCACAGUUUUGGCUCCCAAACUGACCAAAUGUUUUCUCUGAAAAGUCAAAGGAAAAUGGAAAAGCCUCCCUGUUGUCUUUUCCUUCACAAAUCCUGUCUUAAGGGUAUGUCUGUGUAUGAAUACGGUGAGCCUGUGACCUGGCUCAGGAACUAAGUAUUUAUCAUUACAAAAGGCUGGCCAGGCUCCUCAGGGUAUCCAAUCAAGUAAGCAUUAACAGGUAACCUGCCAGACAGGAGAUAAACAACACACUCAGAUUUCUGGUAAACAACACACUCAGAUUUCUGUUGUAGACCACCACCCCCUUCUGUGAUGUAGGUAUGAUCUAUCUGGGGGGUGGUCUUGAGCUACACCCCUUCUACGAUGUAUGUAUGAUGUUUCUAGGGGUGGUCGUGGACUCCAGGGCGGGCAAUUUUAAAUGUCUAUAUAAGGGCCUUUGUUCUGGGUCCUCCUUCUACUGCGUAUGAGGGGAGCACCCUGUUGCAACAGUUCAAUAAAGAUCAGGCUUACGAGCUGCUUUGCUUCUCAAUAUUCUCUGGUUGGCAUCUGUUAUUUCCUCCAUCCGAUGGAGAACCUGCAAAGGACUCUGUAAGGGCUCUUGUGUCCCUCAUAAGGGAAUAAGGGCAGAUUUUUGUUUAUUACAACUGGAUGAACCUUGGAAGUCGCUUCCGACUCUACAAUUCUAGGAUCUUCCACCUUCUCUUUCUGUUUCAGGUACAAGACCAUGAGGAAGAGCUGGGCUGCCGGGUACUGGGUCGUGGUGCUCCUGGUUGCUCUCAUCAGCGAGCCUGCCGUUUGCCGCAGGGGAGGAGGAAGAGGAGGCGGCGGUGGCAGCAAAAGCGGAGGGUCAUCGCGCGGCGGGUUCCACUCCCUGCCAAAGAGCAGCAGCAGCGGGCAAAGUUCCAGCGGCAGUCGCGGCGCGAAGGUGGCAGGGGCUGCAGCAGUGGGGGCAGCCGUGGGAUACGGCCUGAGCUCCCUUGGGAGGUCUCGCUUCUCCCGAGGAGGGCAAGGCUCUUCCUCGGCCGGAAAGCAGAUGUCGCAGCCCGGAUUCCAGAACCCCAACUGGUCGGACCCCAUGAUGGAAGGCGAGCUCUACAGUCAAGCGGCCAAGGACCCCCGGGCAGGGACCCUCCUGACCUUCUCCCCCAUGGUGUGGGGCGUCACCUGCCUCCUGCUUCAGGGCUGAGGAAGAGUCCUAUCGUCCCCAGAGAGGAGCAGGCCCUGGAGGGCAUUGUGUGCUGUGGUGUGAAGGAUGGUGUUUGUGAUAGCUUGUAGUGAGAAAGAGGCUGGUGUGAGGUUCAGCAGUGACAAAGAUCAGGGCCAGCCUGCCCAUGAAGAGUUUGAAGAGUUUGGAUUUGAUAUCCUGCUUUAUCACUACCCUAGGGAGUCUCAAAGCGGCUAACAAUCUCCUUUUCCCUUCCUCCCCCACAACAAACACUCUGUGAGGUGAGUGAGGCUGAGAGACUUCAGAGAAGUGUGACUGGCCCAAGGUCACCCAGCAGCUGCAUGUGGAGGAGCAGGGAAUCAAACCCAGUUCACCAGAUUACGAGUCCACUGCUCCUAACCACUACACCACACUGGCUCUCAUGAGGUGGGCUGAGGCAGCGACACCCCAAGAGGCAGUGCCCAUGCCGGUGCCCCACUGCCAGUGGAGAAGCGGUGGCGGCUUCCAAUUGUUAACGGAGAAAUCUGAGGGCUCCCUUGGACAAAAAACAAGGACACCAGCCAGGAAUACCAGAGCAAAACAGCAGCCAGUAGGCUUGGUCUUUAUUGAAGACUGUCACAGCAGGACUCCCACCUGCCACAAGGUCGAACAAGAUGGAAGCCCCGAACAAAAGAGCCCCCAAAAUUUUAUUAGCUGCUAAUCCCCAUGUUACACCCCCCCAACUACAUCACUAAUACAUCAUGGUUACAUCAUGAAAGGGGAGGUCUGGUGGCAGUAAUCUGAGCAUCCUGGACCCUUGCCCUCCACCAAACACCCAUCAAGUGCAACAAAAAGGAUAUUUCCAUUUCCCUGUUUCCCAGCCAAGUUAAUCACACCCUUUUGUCUUCAUCUGGGUUUGUUAUUUCUGGAAUGGCUACCUGUCUGGCACUCAGGUAUCAGGAUGCCAGGAAUUAUCACUCAGGCAGAGGGGCUGCUGAGUAGCUGAGCUCACACGUCUAUAGGAAUUUCUGAAGUUUUCCCAGUGAGCCAAUACAUAGAGACAUUGAUCAGUGAAUUGUUACAUUUGGUAUUGUGCAGCAGAGGCCCUUUGGAUAGGAAGAAACUGUGAUGAAGUGUUUUGUGGGGACAAAUCACAAAAGUCACAAAAGCGAUUGUGCUGAUUUUGGUAGUGGGCUGCAUGUGCAUGAUAUCUGCUGGAGGGGCAACCCCCCCCCCAACCUAUACAUAAAUUCCUGCAACACGACGAGAAAUCUCGCCAAAACCUUACAAGUUCUAACCGGAACCCGGUGUUGCUGUCCGUGCUUUGCUGGCACUGCCCCACAGCCCAUAGCUUUGGCAGGGCAGGGAGACCUCGGCAGCAGAGCGAACCUUUCUCUUUGGCCUCAGGCGGCGUAAUUGGAGGGGCCACUCCGGUGAAGGUAGUAGCUUUAAAACAGGGGUGGAGAAUCCCUUGCAUCAAAGGGGAGGGUGCCCAAGAGAAGCCUCUCACACUCCCUUUCGUUGCGCAACUGCAACACGUCAACCCCACACUCGCAUGAGGCUGGGUGAAGCAGGCUCCUUGAGAACCCCACAAGAGGCCACCAAGCUCUGCUGCUGGUCUCCCCAGCUUCUAGGGAAAGAGAGGGACGGGCAGCAAAGCUCUGCAGAACACCUCCCUCUGGUGGCCUGGAUAAUAAUAAUAAUAAUAAUAAUAAUAAUAAUUUAUUUAUAUCCCGCCCUC